AUGAAGGAAGAAGGGAUCGUCAAUCCGGCUACGGAGAAGGACGAGCGCAUGGAGACCCCGACAUAUGCACAUAGGGAAGAGAAGACAGAACCUCUUCCCGAUGUGGAGGAUCGUUCUCGUGGUCAGCUCAAUGCUGUAUUUGAGAACCCUCUAGCCGGCAUCCCUCGCGAGCAACUCUUCAAAGAUGUCGCAGAAUUUUGCCUUAGGUACGACCUGAUGGACCAUCUCGAGACUUUCAAGAAAGGCGCUCUCAUAUCGCAAGAUCCUUCAAAAGCAACGAGCCUUCCAGAAUUGACAGAUGACGAGAGGGUGGCUCUCGAGCGUGAACAUACUCACAAAUGGUCACAGCCAUGGCAGCUUUACUUCCUUGCCUCUAUGUGUUCUCUUGCUGCCGCUGUCCAAGGUAUGGAUGAGACAGUCAACAAUGGUGCUCAGGCUAUCUACAUGAAACCAGAUCAACUCAACAUCACUACGGCAAACAUCCAAGGCCUCGUUGUCGGCGCCCCCUACUUAGCUUGCGCAAUUAUCGGUUGCUGGCUUACCGAGCCUCUAAACCGCUACUUCGCCCGGCGUGGUACGAUCUUCAUUUCAUGCUUUAUUGCAGCUGUGGCUUCGAUCUGGGAAGGUGUCUGUAACACCUGGGUCAAUCUCUUCAUUGCUCGCUUCGUUCUCGGACUGGGCAUUGGUUCAAAAUCAAGUACUGUGCCAGUGUAUGCCGCAGAAUGCUCACCGGCUCCAAUCAGAGGAGCCCUCGUCAUGAUGUGGCAGAUGUGGACAGCCUUCGGUAUCAUGCUAGGCAACAUAAUGGGUGUUGCAUUCAUGAGCCUGAGUCCAGAUCUCAGUUGGCGCCUCAUGCUAGGAUCGACCGUCGUACUACCACUUAUUGUCUGCGCUCAAGUCUACAUUUGCCCUGAGUCCCCAAGAUGGCUGAUCCAGCAUGGCAAAAUCCAGAAGGCAUAUACCAACUUCCGCAUCCUCAGACCCACAGAUAUCCAGGCAGCCAGAGAUCUGUAUUACGCUCAUGCAGGUGUCGAACUCGAACGCAAGGUUAACAAGGGCAAGAAUUUCUUCACGAUGUUCAUGGAGCUAUUUACAGUCCCCCGUAAUCGUCGAGCUACGUGGGCUAGCUGGAUUGUGAUGUUCAUGCAGCAAUUCUGUGGAGUGAACGUCAUUGCCUACUACUCUACUUCUAUCUUCACCGAAGCGGGCUACAGUCUGACCAGCGGACUAUUGGCUUCCAUGGGAACCGGUAUCUUGAAUUGGGUAUUUGCUCUGCCGGCCUUCUUCACGAUUGAUACAUGGGGUCGACGGAAUCUGUUGCUAUUCACAUUUCCUUUCCUGGCUAUAUUCCUCCUCUGGUCUGGGUUUUCUUUUUGGAUCGAAGCCGAUAACGAUUCCAGCAAAGCAAGAGUUGCAAUGGUCACCACCGGCAUGUAUCUCUUUGAAGUAUUCUACUCGCCUGGCGAGGGACCUGUGCCUUUCACUUAUUCCGCUGAGGCCUUCCCUCUGCAUGUUCGGGAAGUCGCUCUUACUUUGGAGGAGCUGGACCAAGUUUUCUCCGUCUCAACUCGCAAGCAUGCUUCAUACCAAAUGAAGAAUGCUUGGUGGCAUUUCAGGGUUUGGGUUCUCCGUCAGAACCCGCCACCAUUGCCGCCAUUCUACCAGAAUGCUGAACGGCUUGCUGAGGUGGGCAAUUUCGUGUCGAAGUAA